AUGAUUGACCCUGAUUUCUUCCCGUCGCUGACAGCUCCGGCCACGACCUCAUCUGUCGGGCCUAUCCCCACCGUACUCCCAGGCUCCGAGGUCUUCCAGGAGCUCCAUGACGUCGGCAAACGGACCUUGUGGGUCGUUGCGGUAUUGAUGGGAAUCUCCUCGCUUGUAUUCUAUUCACUCGCUGCUCGAGCUCCGCUGGCAAAACGCAUCAUCCACGUCCUCACAUCUCUCAUCACAACAGUCUCGUUCAUUACAUACCUGGCUCUUGCGACCGGUCAAGGAAUUACCACUAAACAUGUGCGGAUUCACGAGCACCACAAGCAUGUCCCCAACACCCACACAGACUACACCCGUCAAUUGCUGUGGCUGCGAUACCUCAACUGGGCAUUAACCACCCCAUUGUUGUUCAUCAACUUCGCCCUCAUCUCCGGUCUUCCCGGUGCCAACCUGCUUAUUGCCAUUGUCGCCAACCUAACCAUGCUGGCAACAGGCCUCCUCGGCUCUUUCGCCGGCCAUGGCCGAGAGCGCUGGGUCUGGUUGACAAUCUCAUGCAUUUCAUACCUGGUGGUUGUUCACCAUGCCGGAUUCCAUGCUCAUCGCGCAGUUAGCAAUAAGGAUGCCCAGACUCAGAAGUUUUUCAGCGCCGUCGCCAGCUCCGCCAUCGUUGCCUUGGCCCUCUUCCCCAUCUCCGUUGCCGCCGGUGCCCUUGCCCUCAAGUUAAGCGUCGAUACAGAGACCAUUCUCUUCGCUGUGCAGGAUAUCUUCACCCAGGGUAUCUUGGGAUACUUCCUCCUCUUGGCCCAUGAUAGCUCCGCUGGAAUCUCACUCUAUCUCGAUGGAUUCUGGUCACAUGGAGUUGGAAAUGAGGGCACCAUUCGCAUUGCCGAUGAGGAGGGUGCGUAA